CGCCCCCCGUCCCUACGCCGACGCCAUUUCUGUGAGGAAAGAAAGACGGACAAGAAGGGACAUGAGGAUUCUAUGGAGCCAACUCUUGGGUGCAUUCAGAAAACUAAUAACAUAGGAAGAAGAAGAAGAAAUCCUCUCAACAUAAUGUUCUUGAUGAAUUCUUGACCUUAUUUACAGAUAAGAAAGGAAAAAAACAAGAGCCAGCUAUCUAUAUUGCAAUUCAACACCCGUAUCUCUGUUGACAUGGAGGAGAGAGCAUCUAUGUGCCUUGUGUGUGGAAAGAAUUUCACUCGGAGGAAUGAUCUGCAGCAACAUGAAAGGACUCACACUGGGGAGAAGCCCUAUGCAUGCCUGGAGUGUGGACAGAGAUUUUCUUAUAGUUCAAGUUUACAUAGACAUCAAAGGACUCACACUGGGGAGAAACCCUUUACAUGCCCGGAGUGUGGACAGAGCUUCAGUCACAGCUCAAGUUUACAGACACAUCAAAGGAUUCACACUGGGGAAAAACCCUAUACGUGCUUGGAGUGUGGACAGAGAUUUCCUCAUAGUUCAGGUCUAUAUAGACAUCAAAGAACUCACACUGGGGAGAAACCAUAUACAUGUCUGGAGUGUGGACAGAGCUUUACUCAGAGUGCAAAUCUCCAUGCGCAUCAAAGGACUCACACUGGGGAGAAACCCUAUACAUGCCUGGAGUGUGGACAGAGCUUCACUCAGAGUGCAAAUCUACAUUCGCAUCUAAGGACUCACACUGGGGAGAAACCCUAUAAAUGCCUGGAGUGCGGACAGAGCUUCACACAGAGUUCAGGUCUACGUUCACAUCAAAGGAUUCACACUGGGGAGAAACCCUAUAUGUGUCUUUGGUGUGGACAGUGCUUUAUUGAGAGCGGAAGUCUACGUUCACAUCAAAGGACUCACACUGGGGAGAAACCAUAUACAUGCCUGGAGUGUGGACAGAGUUUCACUCAGAGUUCAGGUCUACGUUCACAUCAAAGGACUCACACUGGGGAGAAACCCUAUAUGUGUCUUUGGUGUGGACAGAGCUUUACUAAGAAUUGCAGUUUACGUUCACAUCAAAGGAUUCACACUGGGGAGAAACCCUAUAUGUGCCUGGAGUGUGGACAGAGCUUCAGCCAGAGUUCAGGUCUACGUUCGCAUCAAAGGAUUCACACUGGAGAGCAACCCUAGAAACUCAUGGAUGUGGAAAGAGCUUCACUGAGUGUUCAAAUCUGCAUAGACAUAGAAUUCACAUUGGAGAGAACAGUUGGAUUUGACCCCAGAGAGAUCUCUAAGUCAGAGCUUUCCGGAUAUUUCAUCUUAGUGACAUACAUUUUUAUUUUAUUAAUUAGAAAGGUAAUUACUGCAACUCAAUCAACAAAUAUAACAAAAGUUAUAACAGAACCUACACUUGAACACACCAGCACUACCGUUCUGUAGUGAUACACCCUUCUGGGUGUUUUUAAGCAGAUGUUUUGACUGUGUCUUCAUGGCUGGCUGAAGUGGGCUGGGCUCGAGACCCUCGAUGUCCAUUUUAACUCUAAUCUAUAGUUAGUUUAGGAGUAGGCUGAGGGCAUCCUUCCCACCCGACUCCUGAAUGACGGUUGGAAUGCAUUUGUUCUCUCCUCUCUCUUUCUUCUCUCAUUCUGAUUGGUUAUGUGGAAUGGAUUCUUUUCAGGUGCAUGCCUUUGUUCAGACUUCUGCUUUUUACACCCUAGAGCAGUGUUUCUCAACCUGGGGGUCGGGACCCCUGAGGGGGCCGUGAGAGGGUGUCAAAGGGGUCGCCAAAG